AUGGGGAUACUGCAGGAAAACGAUCGUGAAAAUAUGAAACGCGUACAGCACUUCUACCGAGUUGGAGAUAUUGUGAUGCUGCGCAUUCCUGCACGCGAAAGAAAGAAAACAGACCCAGUCUCGAAAGGUCCAUACGUGGUCAAGGAGGUAUUCGACAAUGGAACGGUGCUUCUCGACACGGGAACCGCCGAGUACCGUGCCAACAUCCGACGGAUUUUUCCCUGUUAA